AUGGCGCACUACCCAUAUCCGCACCACCCGCCGCAUCCCGGCGCUGUCGAGCUCGACACGUCCAACUCGUCUCGCUAUGAAGGCGAGGUCUUUGAAAUGCCCGGCGACUCGGCGGUGCCGAAAGCGGAGCGGGAGCAGCAGCAAAGCAGGCGGCCGGUGCAAGCACGGGACGAGGAGCUGGGCGGCAUGCAGGCGAAUCCGUGGCCGUUUUACCUGGAUCAGGACGUCAGGACGGACGCUUCUUCAUCGCGGCAUUGUGGCGACGCCGAGGAGAGCGCUGCGAAAGCAAAGACAGAGACAAACGGGCAGGGCGAGGAGGCGGGAAAACGUGUGGACGGAAAGGCUGAGCAGCCGCUGGCGAAUCCGUGGGCCUACUUUGGGCCUACGUCGCCCGGUGAGGAUGUGGGAGGGCAUAAGGCUGCUGCUGCUGCUGCUGCUGCUGCUUCUGGCCAAGAUGUCGGCGGCUUGGGUAUCAGCGUCAAGGACUCUGAAGACGUCAAGGCCAAGAGUGAGAGCCAAGAUGCCCCGGCAGCAGCGCCGGCACCGCAUCAAAGCAAACACGGCGAGCAAGGCGCAGAUGGUGCUUCUCCCUCUUCCCCAGCAGCAUCUGCGGGCGAGCCGUCAUCGUCGUCGCCGCCAGCACCAGGGUUCUACCCUGCGCCUCUGCGGCUGUCGAGGAAAGAUGUGCCUCCCGCCGCUGCGCCGACCUUCAAGCCCUAUGCUCCUCCCACAGACGACGAUGGCGUCCCCGCGGUUGCGCCGCUCAAUGUGAAGCAUCAGAGGCCUUCUCCGGACGUUCCUCAGGGCGAGGCGACCACCACGCUGCCGUAUAGGCCGUACCGCCCAGCUGGCCAUGGCGAGCAGGAUGUGAACCACCACAAGGCUGAUGCGGCGUCAUCUCCCGCUCCGGUGAUGCCUCCCCAGCCGGCACCGGCGCAGUCUCAUAGACCGCCGGUCACAGAAGCUGUUGCUCCUCAGGGCAUGUCUCCGCAAGUGACGACUUGGUCGCCAUCUGGAUCGCCGAACCCAACCCAGCAGCAGCCGGCAUCAGCUUCGACAGAGCCGCCUUUGGAUGCGAUGGCACCGCAUCAUCCGUCGGAUCAGCCAAGCCAACCGCCGCCGCCAGCAGCAACUGGACAUCCACCACCACCUCCUCCCGUUGCCGCUCCCCCAGUCCCUCCCCAUCCUCCCCUGUCGCCUCAUUCUCCUGCUGCUGCAGUUACUGCCCCUCCGCCUCCUCCUCCUCCUCUUCCCGUACAAGCACCCGUACCAGCGGUGCCACCGCAUCCCUCUGUCCCUGCUCCGUCUCCCUAUCCUCACACUCCACUUUACACGGCUCCCAUACAACCCAUUUCUCCACAUCACCACACUUCUCCAAGCCCUUCCCCUCAGCAUCCUGCCACAGGCUAUCCUCCAAGCUCAAGCCCUGUCCCGAGCCUUCAACCCUAUGGGUCGCCCCAUUCCGCGCCAACCUCUGCGCUCCCAAGCCCGGCCAUUGUUCCCUUUCAGUUCCAGCCCACGACCCAGGCCCAGCCGCACAACCUGUAUCCUGUGUCAGCUCCCACGCCUCCGGUUGCCUCGUACACUCCCCCGGCUCCGAUAGCCUCCCCAGGUCCGGUGUCCUACCACCCGCCCUCCCAACACUUCACGCCUCCACCUCCCACGUCCAGCUAUGAUAUCCCACAGCCUACUUAUGCUUCUUCGGCUGAGGUUCCGCCUCCGCAGCCGCCGCGGCCGCAAUUCCAACAACCAGCCAUGGGUGCCUAUCAGUAUUCUCCGCAGCCGUCACCGCAGGCUCAGCCUCCAUCAUAUGGUUAUGCCGGCACACCAAGCCCGGUCACUCAGCCUCAUGUCUCUCCCCAGCCUUCUCCAUACCACUCGCCUCAUGGGCCAGCAAUAGCGCCUCACCAGCACUACUACCCGGCGCAACCUACUUAUGCAGCAGCAGCACCCAACGGCAACUCGCCCUCCUCUCCAGAUCCGCAGGGUCAAUAUGCCGUUCCCCCCUUACCGCCGCGGCCGGCAACGGCGCAGCCGCAGCUCUUCGCCGGCUUCACCUCUCAGAACGUGGUGGUCUUCCCGCCGCCGCCCAAGAGGGUGUUUAGUCCGCCGCCCGUCGCUGCUGGUGCCGCGCCUCCGCCUCCUCGACGGCAGUCGGGGGGCUCGAGCGGCCGGCUGUUUAGCAGCUCUUCUGCCCUGAAGUGGAUCGACAAGACGGGCAAGGGCUUGGAGAACAAGCUGGAUGCGGUGCUGGGCUCUCAGGGGUCGUCUAGCAAGCCGCCUCCGCAGCCGCCUCGUCCUGCUUGA